AUGGAGGACGAGCAGCCCGACAGCUUGGAGGGCUGGGUGCCGGUCCGCGAGGAUCUCUUCGCCGUGCCCGAGCGGCGCCAGCUGCGCUUCCUUGUGGCCUGGAACGACGCGGAGGGCAAGUUCGCGGUGACCUGUCACGACCGCACGGCGCAGCGGCGGCUGCGGCGCGAGGGGAGCGGGCCGGAGCCCGAGCCCGCCCUUCUUCAGGGGCAUGAUAAAGCCCACACCAUGGUAGCAUUAAUGAAAGUUUAUCAAGAGGAAGAUGAAGCCUACCAGGAAUUCAUUACGGUGGCAACCAUGUUCUUCCAGUAUUUGCUGCAGCCGUUUAGGGAUAUGAGAGAAGUUGCAACCUUAUGUAAGCUUGAUAUUUUGAAGUCUUUGGAGGAGGAGGAUCUGGGUCCUAGAAGGAUAGUUGCCUUGCAGAAGGAAGCAAAAGGAUGGAGCAGACGGGCUGCAGAAGCUGUGGUCUCCAUUCAGGACAUUACCGUGAAUUAUUUUAAAGAAACAGUAAAAGCGUUAGCAGGUAACAGUUUAAAAUUCUAUACUAAGACGUGUGUGAUUUUCAUUGUGUUCAGCAAGCAUCGGGAGCUGAGAGAGCGGCGGAGGAUGGGCACCCACCGCGGCGCUGUGGCCGGAGGGAGCCUGGCGCGGGCGAGGGGCCUGGGCUGUGGGGCUGGAGCGGGGAGGGCGGCGGGGGGCAAGGACUUCCGGCUCCCCCAUAAAGAGGGUGAAGUUGUCUAUUACGACCCGUGUGAAAGCCCAGAGGAGCUCAAAGCCAUCGACGGCGUGACGGGGCUGCGGGGUGACGAGGCCCUGGAGACGGAGGAGCUGAGCCGGCAGUGCCGGCGCCUCGAGUCCCAGCGGGGCCGGAUCUGCGCCAGGAGGGCCCGUCUCCGGAACAGGCGGGAUCAGUGCAGAGAGAGUCAUCGGCUCCGACUACAACUGGCGGCAGAAAGCAUGAAGCGUCUUCAUCAGCAUCAUCGUGUCCAGAUGAAAAGAGACAAGAUGAAAGAAGAGGAGCAAAAGAAAAAAGAAUGGAUAAACCAGGAGCGCAAGAAAACACUCCAACGACUGAGAGCAUUUAAAGAGAGGCGCCCGGGCGGGUCCACAGUGAAGUUGCCGGGUACAGGGGCUGCAGCCCCGCACCUGCUGGCCGGGCUCGCCCCGCCUAUGGCUGUGUCCUCCGGGGAGACCCCUGAAGGCAGCGACGUGAAAACCCGUGAGGAUCAGGACUGUUCUGGAAAUACCCACCAGCGCUCCGUUCCAGCUGGUGACCAGACACACUCCAGAUCCAGUGAGGAGCUGUCGCCACCACCGCCUCCGCCUCCACCUCCGCCACCACCACCACCUCCGCCACCACUCCUGCCUGCUCGGCCCUUCCCCGGUCCAGCCGCAGCAGAUCGCCAGGACUCGGCCCUGAGGACUUCGGUCAUGGUCACGGACGAGCCGCUUCCCCUGCGGUGUGAGGUGCCCACCAGGAGAGCGCGCCACUGCGCAGCCGCAGCCGCAGCAGGUCCCCGAGGCCCAGGGUCUAUGGAUGAAGUGCUGGCCUCCCUAAGGAGCAGCAGGCACCCUGUGCAGAGAGCGGAAGUGACCGCCUCCCCCCCGCCCUGCGCCCCCUUCAAUGAGCAACUUCUGGCUGCCAUCAGGCAGGGGGUCAAACUGAGGAAGGUCCACCCCGGCCCUGACCUGAGCCCCAGCAGCAAACCGCCCAGUGACCUGGAGAGAAGCAUCAUGGCGGCACUGCAGAGAAUCAAGAGAGUGUCUGCCGCCUCGGAGGAGGAGGAGGAGGACGGUGAAGAGCAGAGCCCGGGCAGCGAGUGGGGCCGCUGAGCUCCCCGCCGGCCACGCGCACCGCCCGGGAAGCUCCAUGAGACGCAGGCCCGAGUCUGUUCUGGGAAGCACGUGAACGGGUGGGGGGGCCACGGGGCCAGCGGGGCUCCGAGUGACGCGGCGGCGUCUCUUGAACAUCGUGCAGGAAGCAGGGACGUGGCGACCUGCACACACCGCACUGGAGCCGGGACCUAGGAACCGCGGCAUCGCUGGCGUGAGAGAAGAGUGCUUGUUGUUCGCCGAGGGUCAUCUAGAAGCAUUCCCUGACUCCGAGAAAAGCUGGCCCCCUACGUUCAGCGGCGCUGUUGCACUGCUGACCGUGUCCCGUCUGUGUGGACCAGCGGCCGCCUCACAUUUAACGGCCUGAACGUGGGGCGCCCGGGCGGCUCGGUCGCUGAGCGGCCGCCUCUUGAGUUCGGCUCAGGUCAUGAUGUCAAGGUCAGGAGACCAAGCCCCGGGUCGGGCUCUGCGCUGACGGGCGGAGCCUGCUUGGCUUCUCUCCCUCUUCUCGGCCCUCCCCCGCUCACGCGCCCGCACUCUCUCUAAUAAACCAAACCAAGGCUUGAAUAUGAAGAUGGUUUUAGCAAGAAUCAGAAUAAACUACUUAUAUUUAGGAAUUAUUUUAAAUAUUUUAAAUGAAAUCUAUUUUAUGUAUGAAGUGCAUCUAUAAACUUGUAAUAAAGAACUGUUUAUAACGCA